AUUCUCAUUCUCAUUCUCUCUCUCCUCUCUGUUUCUCUGUCUAUCUAUCUUCUUCUUCUUCUUCUUCUUCGUUUCAAUCCCUAAAUUUUGUAUCUUCUUCGUUGCAAAUCAUCUCUACAAGGAUAAUGGUGACGGUCAAGAAUUGAGACUCGUUAUAAGUGGAGUCUAAUUAAUCGCCACACAAACCAUUUGAACCCUUCCGAGCUCUGUCUCGCAAUCUCCGUCCUUACUAAAUAAAAGGGUUUUGCUGCUUCUCUCUGUUUCGGUGGUCUCUCUCUGUUUGCUUCGAUGGACAUGGAGAGUGCAGAUACUGAGCCUAACAACAUGGUUGUCAAAGCUUACCCGUUAGGUAUGCGGAUUAUGAAUCACAAUGGCAUUGGUGAAGAUGAAGGAGACUCUCGAGUUGAACCGUAUGUUGGACUGGAGUUUGACACUGCAGAGGAAGCAAGGGACUACUACAACUCUUAUGCUACGAGGACUGGUUUUAAGGUUAGGACGGGUCAGUUGUAUAGAUCCAGGACCGAUGGAACAGUUUCGUCGAGGAGGUUUGUUUGCUCUAAAGAAGGUUUUCAGCUUAAUUCAAGAACCGGGUGUCCUGCGUUUAUCAGAGUGCAGCGACGAGAUACUGGCAAAUGGGUUCUUGACCAGAUUCAGAAGGAGCACAACCACGAGCUUGGAGGUCAAGUAGAAGAGACUACUCCUCGUCCUUCAGUACAACAGAGAGCACCUACUCCCACGAAGCUAGGCAUAUCGGUUCCACAUAGACCCAAGAUGAAAGUUGUUGAUGAGGCUGAUAAAGGAAGGUCAUGCCCUUCUGGUGUGAUCUCUUUUAAGCGCUUCAAAGGAGCUGAAGAGAGUGAUGGGCAAACGCAACCCAAGGCUACCGAACCUUAUGCAGGGUUGGAGUUCAGCUCAGCUAAUGAAGCUUGCCAGUUUUAUCAAGCGUAUGCAGAAGUUGUAGGUUUUAGAGUUCGGAUAGGUCAGUUGUUUCGAUCAAAAGUUGACGGAUCAAUCACGUCAAGAAGAUUUGUGUGUUCAAAAGAAGGGUUUCAGCAUCCUUCGAGAAUGGGCUGUGGAGCUUACAUGAGGAUCAAAAGACAAGACUCUGGAGGUUGGAUAGUGGAUCGUCUCAAUAAAGAUCAUAAUCAUGAGCUUGAACCGGGAAAGAAGAAUGCUGGUAUGAAAAAGAUAACAGAAGAUGUGACAGGAGGGUUGGAUUCUGUGGAUCUUAUUGAACUAAACGACUUCAGCAAUCACAUCAGUAAAGCCAGAGAAAACACCAUAGGAAAAGAAUGGUAUCCAGUGCUUUUCGAUUACUUUCAGUCAAAACAGGCAGAAGACAUGGGAUUCUUUUACGCCGUCGAGCUUGAUAGUAAUGGAAGCUGUAUGAGUAUUUUUUGGGCAGAUAGCAGAUCAAGGUUCGCCUGUAGUCAGUUUGGUGAUGCUGUUGUUUUUGAUACUUCAUAUAGAAAAGGAGAAUACUCUGUUCCGUUUGCUAUGUUUAUCGGUUUUAAUCACCAUAGGCAACCCGUGCUUCUCGGGGGUGCCUUAGUUGCUGAUGAAUCUAAAGAGGCUUUCUCAUGGUUGUUUCAGACAUGGCUUCGUGCCAUGUCAGGGCGUCGUCCGAGAUCUAUUGUAGCUGAUCAAGACUUGCCUAUCCAACAAGCAGUGGCUCAAGUCUUUCCCGGGGCACAUCACCGGUUCUCAGCGUGGCAGAUAAGGUCCAAAGAACGAGAAAAUCUCGGGUCAUUCCCGAAUGAGUUCAAGUACGAGUACGAGAAAUGUUUAUACCAGUCGCAGACAACGGUGGAGUUUGACACUAUGUGGAGUGCUUUGGUAAACAAGUACGGCCUUAGGGAGAACAUGUGGCUCAGAGAAAUAUAUGAAAAACGAGAGAAUUGGGUACCGGCAUAUCUAAGAGCCAGUUUCUUUGGUGGAAUCCCUGUAAAUGGCACCAUUGAGCCAUUUUACGGAACUUCUCUUAAUUCUCUAACGUCUCUCACGGAGUUCAUCUCGCGGUAUGAGCAAGGACUCGAGCAGCGCCGUGAAGAGGAACGGAAAGAGGAUUUCAAUUCUUAUAACUUGCAGCCGUUUCUACAAACGAAAGAACCCGUUGAAGAACAAUGCAGAAGGUUGUACACGCUCACCAUUUUCAGGAUUUUCCAGAGCGAGCUUGCUCAGUCUUAUAAUUACCUUGGUUUAAAGACCUAUGAGGAAGGAGCUAUCAGCAGGUUUCUGGUGAGGAAAUGUGGGAACGAGAAUGAGAAACACGCUGUAACUUUCAGUGCAUCGAAUCUCAAUGCAAGCUGCAGUUGUCAGAUGUUUGAGUACGAAGGACUUCUCUGCAGACAUAUCUUUAAAGUGUUCAACCUCUUAGACAUUCGAGAACUCCCAUCUCGGUAUAUACUGCAUCGCUGGACCAAAAACGCGGAGUUUGGGUUCGUACGCGAUGUAGAAUCAGGCGUGACUUCUCAGGACCUCAAGGCCUUGAUGAUCUGGAGCCUGAGGGAAGCAGCUUCGAAGUAUAUAGAGUUUGGGACAUCUUCUCUGGAGAAGUAUAAGCUUGCAUAUGAGAUCAUGCGCGAGGGUGGGAAGAAACUGUGUUGGCAGAGAUGAGGAAACCAAGUAAGAUUGAAAAAAACAAGAAGACGAAGAAGCCUUACUUUAUUAGUGAUGAUGGAAUUGGGGACGCCAAUGUAAAUCCUAACCCUUCUGUUAACUUUAAAUCAUCAGACAAGGAGGUGGCAGUGGAGUGGUCGUCGAAGUGGUGUGGCCAGUUGUAUUCAUUGAUAAAAUCGGUGGGUUUAGUGACUACACGUAUGUUCGUUCUCGUGUUUUGUUCACGUUUGUUUCCUAAAAAAAUCCUAGGAAAGUGAAGAACCUACCAACUUAGAAUUUUUGGAAGAUUUGGACAUUUUGGAAGUUCAUACAUAUGAAUCCUUAGGAGUUAGGACGUUUGAUAAGCAAAAACUGACGAUGAAGCCUUUAUUAUGUU